CGCGCGGAGAUAUUGACGGGCGUUAAUCUACUGUCGACCGCGAACUUGAUUCAGCAUCUCCUGACGAUAGCGUUGGCGCUGAUGUGGUUGCUGGGGCAGCCAUUGGCUGGGGCUGCCUCGAGGAAGUCCUCCAAACGGCAUAGACGACGAGUUGCGGAACCUGAGGAAGUGGCAUCUCGAGGCAGUGAUGGCAGCGGGAUUGGUGAUGCUCGCAAUCUUCAAGGUUCUCCAUUUGAGAUGUCAAGUACUGCCUUUCAAAUCCCUGACUUCUUCUAUCUCGUACGCCAUACGAGCAGUAGUAUACGAUCUCUUUGCGGUGAACCAUCGUUCUGGUCAAGUUCCACGAUCAGUAACCUGUUGAAAGUGGCCUCCGCUGGAAUUAUGCCUAACUACAGUUAUCAAUAAAUACCUUUUUUUAUUUUAUCACAC